AUGGAUCAAGGAUCUAGUAAUAGGGAUAGUAAUGCAAAGAAAGAAGAAUUUUCAAUUCCGUUAUGGGAAUAUAAUAAACAAAAACGUGAAUGGGCACCAAAGCAACGUGGUCAAAAUAGUCAAACACAUACUUGCGAGAAUUUUCGUGUUGUUUCAUAUAAUAUUUGGUUUUCUGAAGAUUAUCAACCGACGCGUUUUAACAGUCUUUGUGAUAUACUGAAUAAGUCGCAAGCUCAAAUAAUCGGUUUACAAGAAAUGACAAAAAAUAUUCUUCAACAACUUUCAGCGCAAUCAUUCGUUCAAGAACGAUAUUAUUUAUCUGAUGUUGAUGGUGGUACAUUCAAUGGAUGGUAUGGUGUUAUUUUAUUAAUUGAUAUUCGUCUUCAUAUUUCUAAUUUAAAUUUAAUUAAUUUUCCGCGGUCAAAUAUGGGUCGUCGUUUAAUAUUUGCGGAAAUAAAAUUAGAUGAAAAUGAAAUACUUCGUAUUGGUACCGUUCAUUUAGAAUCAUUAGAUAAUAGAGAAGAACGGUUACGCCAAUUAGAUAUAUGUCAAAAGAUAUUGAGUCGUUCGCCAGGCAGUUAUAUUUUAAUGGGAGAUUUUAAUUUUCAUGCACAUGGUCAAGAAAAUAUCGAUCAAUUUGAUAGAUUACAACAGUGGAUUGAUGCUUGGACUUAUUUAAUGGGCUCUCAUAAUCAUGGCUUUACAUUCGAUACUGAAAUGAAUUCGAUGACAAAACUUCAUAAUGGAAAACCGAAUCAAUCAAGAUAUGAUCGAAUUAUUUUACGAAGUCAAACAAUUACUCUUACUGAGAUUGAAAUCUUAGGAAAUCAACCUAUCGCCAGCCGAGGGCACUUAAAUAUAUUUCCAUCAGAUCAUUUUGGUUUGACAGCAGUUUUUCAAAGAAAAAAAUAA